AUGAUUGAAAGAGCUGAAAUGGCCAACCAAUCCACUGUGAUGGAGUUUCUUCUGAUGGGAUUUUCUGAUGACCGUGGUGUACAACUUUUACAUUUUGUCAUGUUUCUAUCAAUUUACUUAGUAGCCUUAACUGGGAAUUUAGUCAUUCUGUUUGUUGUGAUCCUGAACCACCACCUUCAUACCCCCAUGUAUUUCUUUUUGGUCAACCUGUCCCUGACUGAUAUUUGUUACAUCACAACCACUGUCCCCAAAUCAAUGACAGUUUCAUUGACAAAUAACAAAAUAUUUACUUUUCCUGGGUGUGUUGCUCAAGUUUUGUUAAUUGUUACUUUUGCAGUUUCUGAACUCUCCUUGCUUACCAUCAUGGCUUAUGACCGGUAUGUAGCCAUCUGCCAUCCCCUGCAAUAUAGACUCAUCCUAAACUGGGAUACCUGCAAUCAAAUGGCAGUUACUUCCUGGGUCAGCUCCCUGCUAUAUGCAUCUCUACAAACGAUAAUCACUUUCCAAUUAAACUUCUGUGGGCCAAACACAAUUGGGCAAUUUUUCUGUGAUAUUCCUCAAUUACAAAAGAUUUCCUGCACAGAUACAAAAGUUAACCAAAUUCUGAUUUGGAUAUUUGGAUUCAUUGUGGGUUCAUUUUGUAUUGGAUUCAUUUUCGCUUCUUAUGGCUACAUCAUCGCUGCUGUGCUGAAGAUUCCAUCAGCUGAAGGAAGAUACAAAGCCUUCUCAACCUGCAGUCCACACUUGACAGUUUUUUCUUUAUUUAUCUCUUCAGCUUUGUUUUCAUACAUGAGGCCACAAUCUCUUUCCUUUCCUACUCUAGACUUACUCUCUGCUGUUUCGUAUACAGUUUUACCUCCCGUUCUGAAUCCCAUCAUUUAUAGCUUCCGGAACAAGGACAUUCAAGCAGCUGUGUGGAAAUUAACAUCACAAAUCAAAAAGAAUUGCCUAAUCUGA